AGCCAUUUUGAGACAUCUCUGAUAUAAUUGUUUUUCUCAAUUUCCUGGAUGUUACGUGUCCUACUUAUACCAGUACACUCGUAACAACUUAAGCAUUACGAAACUUAUAUUAGAUCAACCUCACGAAGCUAAUAAACCAUUUUCUUUUUUUGGGGGGCAAAUUCGACACUCAUUGACUUGCAUUGAAACACUCCUUGGUUGGUGGGCGAAACAUCGAAAAAACGUCACCUGCUUCGAGCGAGACAGAUUUUCCGCGGAGUUGGGCCUCUCUCUUCCGCUUCCUCAAUGUGAAACUUCCGGAAGUGAACGGAUGACCGUGAACUAUUCGGCUAUGUGGUAUGAAAUUCUUCCCGGUCUCGGAGUCAUGACUGUUUGUCUCAUCCUUCCUGGGGUUUUCACUGCACAGAUCCACAAACUCACCAACGGGGGGAAGGAAAAGAGAAUCGCCCGGGUUCCAUAUCAGUGGUAUCUGAUGGAGAGAGACAGACGUGUGUCAGGAGUGGAUUUGUAUUACAAAUCGAAGGGACUUGAGAAUAUCCACUGAUCCCAGAUCUCACCUAUGGAAUGGAUUUCUGUCAAGAAUUCGUUGUACAUUAAAAGUUAUGUAUUGUCUGAAUUAA